UUCCCUACCACUCCAAAGACCCCUUCAAAUUAAACAUUAUAACCAAACACAACCACCUUAACCUUAACCGUGAGAUACUCACUCCCACCACCACCAUGUCCCUUCUCUCCCUUCUCCUCUUCUUACCCUUUAUCACCCUUUCUCUCUCUCAAACUCCCCCAAGAGGUUUACUUAUUGAUUGUGGAGCCCUUUCUGGGAUCCAAAUCGAGGGUCGCACAUGGCUUCCCGAUUGGGACUUUGUCUCUACGGGGACACCCAAAAACGUUACCUCACCUGUUCUGCUUCCAACUUUGCAAACCCUUCGCUCCUUCCCACUUCAAGCCAAGAAGCACUGUUACCGUGUUCCUGUGUAUCGCGGAGCAAAGUACAUGGUGCGGACUACCUAUUUCUACGGUGGGGUUAACGGCCCGGAGCACCCUUCGCCGCCGGUGUUUGACCAGAUCGUCGAUGGGACCUUGUGGGCCGUGGUGAACACCACAGGGGAUUAUGCCAAUGGCAAAGCUAGUUUCUAUGAAGGGGUUUUCUUAGCUCAGGGGAAGACCAUGAGCUUGUGUAUCGGGUCAAAUAAUUAUACUGAUUCUGACCCGUUUAUAUCUGCUUUGGAGUUCUUGAUUCUUGGGGGUUCUCUGUACAACACCACGGAUUUCAGCCAGUUUGGCCUCCGCCUGGUUGCAAGGCACAGUUUUGGAAACUCCGGACCACCCAUUCGAUAUCCUGAUGAUCAGUUUGACCGUAUCUGGGAGCCUUUUGGGCAGAGUAAUUCUACCAAAGCAAGCACUGGCAAUGUUUCUGUUUCUGGUUUUUGGAAUCUUCCACCCUUGAAAGUUUUUGAGACACAUAUAGGAUCGGAUCAAUUGGAAUCCUUGGAAUUGAGAUGGCCUACGGCAUCACUUCCAAGCUUGCUUUCCAAAUACUACGUUGCUCUAUACUUUGCUGACAAUGCUGUUGGAUCAAGAAUUUUUAACAUAAGUGUAAAUGGUGUAACUUAUUACCGCAAUUUGAAUGCCAUCCCAUCAGGUGUUGUUGUCUUUGCCAACCAGUGGCCUCUGUCUGGUCUUACAACAAUAACUUUGACCCCUGCCGCUAGUUCAUCCUUGGGCCCCUUAAUCAAUGCUGGUGAAGUCUUUGAGGUGCUGCCACUUGGAGGAAGAACUUUGACUCAAGAUGUUAUUGCUUUGGAAGGGGUAAAAGAGAGCCUCCGAAAUCCUCCACUUGAUUGGAAUGGCGAUCCUUGUGGGCCUCCACAGUACUCAUGGACUGGCAUCACAUGCUCCGAAGGUCCCCGUAUCCGUGUGCUGACUUUAAACUUGACGAGUAUGGAUCUUUCAGGAUCUUUAUCACCUUUUAUUGCCAAUAUGACAGCUCUGACUAACAUCUGGCUUGGGAAUAACAGUUUGUCAGGAAAGAUUCCAAACCUCAGUUCUCUAAAGAUGUUACGGACGCUGCACUUGGAAGACAAUCAAUUCAAUGGAGAGAUUCCCUCAUCCCUAGGGAACAUCAGCAGCUUGCAAGAAGUAUUUUUACAAAACAACAAUUUAACUGGUCAAAUUCCAGCAAACCUCAUUGGAAAACCAGGACUGGACCUCAGAACUUCUGGAAAUAAGUUAUUAUCACCUCCAGCACCUUGAGGAAUUUGCUUAGUGCCUUCCAUGGUAAAGAUUGAGACUUUCCUUUUAUCAAGAUAUUUUGAUUCUUUUUGUGCUUAGAUUAUUCUAAUUUGGGUGGAAGUUCUUCAUUGUCAACUCGUCAAUUGAAGAUCAAACUUCAUUUCAGCCUUCGCCUGCUGGAGGGCAUAUAGAUUUCAGAUUGGUUCAAGUUUGAUUCUCAGUUUCAUGAAAACUGGAAUAUCAUUUGAAAUUGUAUCUUACAUAUCCUUGU